AUGACGUCACUUAAAUGUCAAAUGUGAAUGUUAGGGUUGGAUUUUAUUACAAAAAUUAUAAAUAUUCAAAUCAUGAACGAAAUGAAAUGACUGUAGUAAUUAAAGCUGAUAUUUUACAUAUUGAGAAACAUAUCAAUCCUAAUGGCAAAACUGGAAUUGUCAAUUUUGAAAGGGCUUCUGAAUAUUUUUUCAGGAAUUAAUUGAGCAUUUGAUGGACUAAUAUUUCAAUCAUUCCGUACGUAACUGUACUCUAUUAUGGUGGACUAUUUAACUGGUCGCUAUGUUCCCAUUGUUGCGUUUCAAUUAAUUCUUCUCAUCUCCGACUUGUUGAUCAAUAUAGUAUCUAUUAUUUUGAGAUCUUAUAAUGCACUGAUCUUGGUCUUUUCAGUAAUUCAAAUUUUAUGCAUCAUUUUGGCCUUUUCUACAAUUUUCAUCCAAUUUUUCUCAACAUAUGUAUAUCAGGUUGGACUCAUCGAAUUAUUACAUGAAAGAUUCAGACAUACAAUAAUCAUUUGUCUCAUUUAUUUCAUAGCAACAUUGGGAAUAAACGUCUGGUCACUUCUGCUCAGAUAUAAUGAAACAUAUAAAGGAAACUGGCCCAUAGAAUUCAUUGUGUUUUAUAUAGUCCAUCGACUUUUUGCUCCAGUUUACUAUUACGAGUUCAAGAGGUGUUUUCUCCGAAUAAGUGACCCACGUUUUUAUGAAGAUAGUCGUUAAUGAUAAAUUCCAUUCUUAGAUCUCAGGAUAAACUAUCUCAGAGAAUUUAAAGAAAUUUCAACAUUAAUAAAAUGUAUAUUUAUUUGUAUAUUACCUAACAUUUUAAUUUGAAUUGUUAGAACAUUUUCUAGUCCAAUGUGAUAUUUUUUUCAUUCCAAAGUAAACAUCAGGUAUAAGUUUACCUUGUAAUAAAUGUGAUCAAAGAUUAUAUCUAUAUUUGAGUAUAUCUACCUUUUGAAUAUAAUUAAAUGUGAACUGAACAUAUAAAA